CUUGUCGCGAAAGCCGAUCAUUCCAAGGCGAGAGCGGUUUGAACGAUGGGGGAGACCGAGACCGAGCAGCGAGUGGGAUUCGGGUUCAUUGCAUCUCACUAAACUACGGUUUGAAAUAGAAGAGUACAAAUAAUUGUGUUUAGGCAUUUACUUCAGUUAAAAGCGAUUGUUCGAGUGUAUAUUCAAACAUUAAAGCACCGAGGACUUUUUAAAGCUGUAGUUAGGACCAGAAGUUCUUAACUUGGAACUAAACUGCAGGGUUCAAGCUGAUAGACAUUCUUUGCUGAUGGAUCGAGCAGCUAAUUUGAAUGGACAUGAACAUGCGAUUGAUAUAUCACAGCGCAAUGAUGCUUCAACUUCCGUCUCUGCUCGAAAUGACCAUGGUGACUCAGAUGGAGCAUAUAAUGAAGAUAGACCUUCGACAAGCACUUUGGCUCCUGUUUCUCAAUUAGCUCCAACAUCACCAAAUAUUUCCAAUUCAAUAAAUUUUUCUUUGCCAAGGAGAGCUGAUAAUUAUGGCCGUCGAAAUAGAAGUCCUUUGAACUCUGGUUUGUGGAUUUCAGUUGAGCUUGUUGUUAAUGUGAGUCAAAUUAUAGCAGCUAUCAUUGUGCUCUCCUUGUCAAGACAUGAACAUCCCCGAACUCCAUUAUUUGCAUGGAUCAUAGGUUACACAACAGGCUGUUUUGCUACACUUCCUCAUCUUUAUUGGCGUUAUAUUCAUCGCAAUAGUCUGAUCUCUGAGCAAGAACCAGCACUUUAUGGUCAGGGUACUUCGCGUAAUAGCCCUCCAGAAUCUAGUGCUUAUGCUGAUAUCUCUGUCACUCAAGAUCCAGAGCAAGAAAAUGGCCACAAUUCAGUGCCAGAGACAAGGCAAACUACAGUAACUAGCCAAAGGAUACAUUCUCUAGUUGACCAUUUUAAGAUGGCAUUGGAUUUCUUUUUUGCUGUGUGGUUUGUUGUUGGGAAUGUGUGGGUGUUUGGUGGGCACUCUUCUUCUCAUGAUGCCCCUAACCUGUACCGGUUAUGCAUCGUGUUCCUUGCAUUUAGCUGUAUUGGGUAUGCUUUGCCUUUCAUUCUCUGUGCAAUAAUCUGUUGCUGCUUGCCUUGCAUUAUAUCAAUCAUGGGCUUUAGAGAGGAUAUUAAUCAUGGUAGAGGUGCUACCCAAGAAUCAAUUAACGCAUUGCCAACUUACAAGUUCAAAACAAAGAGGAGGAAAAAUAGAGGCGACAAAGAAAUUAACUUGGAUAAUCAAGGCAUUGGUGGGAUAUUGGCUGCUGGGACUGAUAAGGAGCGAAUUGUUUCUGCCGAAGAUGCUGUUUGUUGCAUUUGCCUUGCAAAGUAUGUGGACAAUGAGGAGCUCCGUGAGCUUCCAUGCACCCAUUUCUUCCACAAGGAGUGCGUCGAUAAGUGGCUUAAGAUAAAUGCACUUUGUCCCCUCUGCAAAACCGAGGUGGGAGACACUACAACCUCAAGCAGAAGCUCAGGAAUUCACAUCACGGGAAACUGGGGGUUGGUGUAAUAGACCCAGUUCUGGAGAUGCUGUAGAUGUCUUGUGUUUCCGACGAACCAUGAUUUCCAGACAACGGUUUGGGAGUGAAAAGUCUGUGCAAGCCUCAAGAUAUACAUGUGUAUUGAAGGAUCUGUGGCCUUUGAUCCUGAUUCUACCACCUCCCAUUUGAUGAGUUGCCCUGGGGUUUCUUGUGCUGUGCAUGUCUAUAUAAAGAAGCCUGCAAAAUGAGAUAGAAAUGCUGUAUCAGGUGGAUCUUCAUUUCUAUACAGAAUAAUAUAUAUAUGCCCUAAGGUAACCUUUA